AAUGAUAAUCAAACCCGCGAUCAUGGGUACUCGACCCCGUCAACCAGGAGAAAUUAAAUUAUGCUUUCAAAAUUAAACUUGUACUUAUGAUAAAAAAAAAUAUAUACAAUGAAAGGAACAUACGUGGCAUGAAAAUCAGGGGAGGAGACAGGUAGAGUAGAGAUCAGCUGAAUCAUGCAAGGAUGAAGAAAGAGGAAGAAUGCUUACCUCCUUGGCCUCUCUUGUCCAAACCCUAAAUUCCCAAUUCGCAAUUAACCCUUUAUUCCAAGCAUUCUUCAGUCUUCACCAUUCGCGAAGCAAUCAUUGUCUGCUGAAGUCGCCAUUGUCGCUCCUCCAGGAAGUAUUGUAGAAACCGCCUCUAGUUUGACUGAUUGCGAGCUCUUUACAUUUCCUCCAAGCUUUGGUUGUUCUCCCAUCACCCGCCAGCGGAGCAGUACUUUCAUGGCGGUCAAUGGCCUGCUGACAUUAGGCCGAGUGAAACUCAGUGAUCUAAUCGCCACCGACGGCGUCCCUUCCGAUUCCUACAAGCUAUCAGUCUCGACUCUGUCCCAGUCUCUCGCUCAGUACUCCGCCGCCAUCAUUCAAUUCUCCUCCAGCGACGGAGCUCUCUUGAGGUCGGGGUUGGAUUCCGCGCGCCUCUACUUCCACCAGAGGCCAUCGUUCCCCGACGCGAUUCAGAGUGACGAUGCCCGCGAGUGGUGCAGGACGUCCGGUUACUACGCCGAUCCUCAGCUGUGGCAGGAGACGUACGAUUACAGACCUGGUUUAACUCCUCCCGACGAGCAUUCUUCAAGCAACUCCGUUGAAUUCCUCCCUCCUGGAGCCUUGCCUGACAUUUUUGCUCUGCUGGGGAGAGCUGCACGGGGUAUCUUGGAUGCAAUAAGCUUCUAUUUGAAUCUGCGCAGCUCGCCUUUCGCGGAAAUACUCGACAAUGUGCCCUUGAGGGAUCGAGAGAUAUCUUCUUCUGUGUUGUCGGUUUGCUGUCAUGCAAGGCCGUCGUUUCAGGGAGCUCAUGGCCAAAUGGGUGGCUUGUAUGAGGACGAUGAUCACCAUGUCGACAAGAGCUUGAUAUCGCUGGUUAAGUCGGAUAAAGCAGGGCUUCAUAUAAGAGACUUUAAUGGAAGAUGGGUUGUUGUGGAUGGUGAUCUUGGUCCUCAAGAAGCUAUUGUUUUCCCAGGGCUUGCACUCUACCAGGCGACAGCAGGUUAUGUGAACCCUGCGCUUCACAGAACCGAUACUAGUAGUGGCAUGCAGAGUAGUAUGUGUGGAAGAUGUUCUUUGACAUUUAAGCUUAUGCCGAAAUCGAUGACCAAUCUUAGUUCGACGGAGAUGAGAGCAGCUGGACAUGGUGUUGAAUCUCAGUUCCAGCUGCCAGUGCUAGUGGAUGACUUUAUGCAGAGGUCAUACACUACUGAUUAUAUAUUGAACAAGCAUGGAUAUCAGGGCUUCGGGUUGUCUUCCUCUCAAGACGGAUCUGUGAUGAAGCCCACAAUGAAGAGAAAAAAGAGUAAUAAUUCAAGAUGCAAGCCUCUGCCGCCCUCAAAGAGGCUGAGGCUCGAGGCACAGAGGGUACUUAAGGAGAGAGUUCAGGACAUUGCUGAUAAGAAGGGGAUCAAACUCAAGUUUUGUAACUUGAAAGAGUGUGAGAGUCAUGUUCAUGAUGUAGAUAGUCCUUGUGCCAAUAUCAGAAUGGAGAUUGGGUGGCCACCUGGCGUGCCCUUCGUUCACCCUCACGACUUGCCCAACAAGGCAAAGAUGGGGUUUCUCGAAGCAUACGAGCCUGGUUGGACUGCAACUCAAGAUUUAGAUAUGGCUCUUACAGAAUCUGGACGAGGUGGCAGUCAACACUCAGACAUUAUGUAGCUGUACGUCUCCUUUUUAAAUUCCAUCGCUUGAGCUUGAUUGUCUGGUCAAUUAUGUCCAUACAUCUUUGCUCUUAUGCUACUUUGAUGACAAUGUCUUUAUGUACUGCCCAGGUCUGGCCUUUGAGAUGUUCGUCGCAAAGCUUCCGCAGCAAAUUUUGGUUCAAAGUCAAUCCUGAACACUGCAGCGGCCAUGAAGCUUGAUCUUGGCUGAAAGCCCUCAUGGUCAGUUCGCCUCAUCACACAAGGAGAUACGCCUGCUGCAGUAAUGCAUUGGUUGGUGAGCUUUGAUCAGGCUUAGUUUUUAAGGUUUCUUGGCUCCUCGCUUACUGCAACUUCAUCGAUGGGCAUUCCGGUAAUAAGCAAGACUUAACGAGUGCAAACUGCUGGUCCAGGCGUAACCAAUUCGAUCUUUUGACAUGCUGUAUGAAAAGUGUAAGUUAAGGUACAAAGAAAAAGAAAAGAAAGGAUCAUCUGUAAC